UAAGCAUUAAUUACUUCUCCAUUCAUCUCCACAGAAACAACCCACACUUCCUCAAACCAUCCCCAGUCAAAGCCUCUUUCUUUCAUCACUGAGUGAAUUGAAAGAAACAUGACCGACGACGAAAAACCCAGAGGUUUCUCCGGCUCCGGCUCCGGCUCCGGCGAGCCUCACCACCCUCCUCCACCGCAGCCCCUUCCCUAUCCGCCGCCUCAAUACGGCACCUUCCAAGGCGUCUCCAACUACCCUCCUCCCCGGCCAGGCCCUCACCCCGCCAUCGGCUUCCCUCAGCCCGUCCCGCCUCCCGGCGCCGGCGGCCCAUCCGCCCCUCCUCCGCCGUAUCUCCCUCACGGGGGCUACCAAGCUGUUACCGGUUAUGCAAUUGCUGAAGGAAGACCUGUGAGAGAAAGGCGCCUUGGUUGCUGUGGUAUUGGUUGCGGGUGGUGCCUGUUUAUAUUAGGUUUCUUUCUUGGUGGUAUUCCAUGGUAUGUUGGGGCAAUAAUUAUGCUUUGUUCCAGAGUAGACUAUCGAGAGAAACCCGGAUAUAUUGCUUGUAUAGUUGGUGCUGUUCUGGGCACAAUUGCCAUUAUUGUUGGAGCCACAAAGGGAGCAGACGACUGGUAAUCUUCUCGCCAAGAGGUGUAAAGUUUGCUAGUCGUCGAGUGUAUCUAAAGUGUAUUUAUUAGUUACUGGAAAAUAUGAGCAAGUUUGGUUUGCCAUAUUCAUUUUAAACUGCCACCUUAUGUAAUUUGUAUGCUAUUGACUAACACAGAAGACAAUAAUCGUGAUACUGAAACAGGUCUGGUUUAUUAUGACUCCUUAGUAUUUAAUACAAUUUGACCAAUGCAAUGGAAUCAGGUUGUACA